CUCACACACCUCUCUUUUGGGGGACACAAGGUUUCGGACCUUCUUGCCCGCUGAUCGAUCGAGAUUGAUUUUGGGUGAUCGCAACGUCCCUUUCAAUAAGCAGAAGCGACCUGCACAUUAUUUCUAUCCUACUAUACUCAAAGUAGAUACCAAGCCAACGAUCAGCCACCCGAAUCCAUCCACCUACCAGCAAGAAUUAAGCCAUCAUGAAGCACGCGACACCAUUCUUACUGGCAGCCAUCGCUGCCGUUGCCUGUCUGUCGCUCGGGACGGAAGCCUUUGCCCCUACCUCGGUCGUUUCGGCCUUCCGGGCACGAGUGUCCUCCACGGUAGUGGUCCGGGAAAGCAACGGAAGCGAUAGCGAAGAGGAAUCGCCACCGGAGCCCGCCGAAAAAAUGUCCCUGGAAGAAAAGAUGAAGAGCUGGGAGGCCACGGACGAAGAACUCCGGGCGGCGUCCCUGGGCGGUGUCAUCCCCCAGCCCAGGGAGCGGACCGAGGCCUUUGACGUUGGCCUCUACAUUGCCUUUCCCAUCAUGGUGAUCACCGGACUGGCCUUUGCCGUCUUUCCCUUCAUCAUGGGAAACAUCGACGUCAGCGAUAUCGAGGUUCCCAGGCAGUAGUGCCUUGAGUGCUAUGAACCCGCAACACACACCGACAGACGGGCAUCGAACAACAACAAUCUUGUAAACUAUUGCAAUUGCCAAGCUAGUACUCGCUGUGUUCAAUACAACAAUCGACAAUUCAAGAAAAAGAGCGCUUGCGUUUUUUUUUCGCCCUUUUUGAGAUAGUAGCACGACAUAUCCCAGAAACUAUCU